AUGACUGUUUCAGAUAAGGACUUUGGUUUUGGUCGUUUCAUGGGUAAACAUGGUAUGGGUUUGCGCAAUGAUAUGGGAGAAAACUUGUUAGACUUGUUAUCAGAAUUUGACCUCUUUGCCUCCAACACUGGUUUUUAUCAUCCUGCUCGACAUACGACCACCUACACUGGCUGGAGGAAGGACUGGAGUGCCGGGCGAAAUAGUAAAAAGACGAUCCCGGUCUAUUCUCAGAUCGAUUUCAUCCUGUGUCGAAGUAGGUCGAAGCCAAUGCUACAAGAUUCUAGAUCUUAUGCAGGCACCUUGACAUACUCUGAUCACAGAUUUGUUGUCACUAGAGUAGACUUUAAGGACAUCUGUCUUUGCUAUAAACGCCACUCCAAGUCAUCCUUAAAGUUCAACACCUCUGAACUCACCUCGAACCCCACCAUUCAGGUGAAAUAUCGUCAAUCCUUAGAUGAUAACUUAAGUAACACUGUUUCUGCUCUGGAUCCAAAUUCAGACUUGAAUGGCUUACUUGAGUCCAUAAAGGAUGCUGCAAAAUCGUCAAUUGGUGUCAUCAGACACAGGAAACGUAAUCGCAGCGACGAUGAUGAGGUGAAAAACUUAUCUAGCCAGCGUUACUUGUUGAGACAGCAGCUUAAUGAUAACCAGUCUUUAGACAGAUCCUCACUUAGAUCAUCCAUUAACUGCCUCACCAAUCAGAUCAAGCAGAGACUUUCUAACAUACGAUCAGCUGCUGCUGAUGCUAUCUGUAAUACCAUCAGUUCAACAACAGAUAGUAAGAAAAUGUUUGAAGCUGUUCGAACCCUGAACUUACCUAAAAGUAAAGCCCCUUCUAGUAUUGGUGUUCAUGAUGAGCAAGGGUGCAAUAUUGCAACAGACACUGGUAAAGCUGCCGUAGUUGCUAAGUACCUUGAGCAACAACUUACUCGUGAUGAAGCACCUUUAGAACCUUUUGUAGGACCUCCUCGCCCACUAGUUAAGCCAUUCACUAGUGAAGAAGUCGGAUCAGCUGCUAGAAGUCUCAAAAAUGGUCGAGCUAACGGCCCAGAUGGGAUUCCUAAUGAGCUUCUCAAGUAUUCUACUGGAUCAGUACACAGACGUUUUGCAGACAUUAUCAAUAGAAGCUUCGAGACCAAUUCCUACCUUGACCCCAUUGGACAGGCAAACAUUACCCCCUUACAGAAGCCAAAUAAGCCCAUUGGUCCAGUGAAGAAUCUACGACCCCUCACUCUCUCAAAUGCUGUUAGGCUCAUGGUAGUCGGGUGCCGCGCGGACUUAUCGCUCGGUCGAUCGAGCGAUAAGUAG